AUGGAGUGCGCAGGACGGGGGUCUCGCUGUGUUGCACCGGAAGUGAGCUCAGUAAACAAACAAACGCACGUGGAAACCCGCGGCGUGGAGCCUCCGUACACGCACAAGCCGACAGAAAGACAGGCCGACAGAAAGACAGGCCGACAGAAAGACAGGCCGACAGAAAGACAGGCCGACAGAAAGACAGGCCGACAGAAAGACAGGCCGACAGAAAGAGAAGCCGGCAGAAAGACAGGCCGACAGAAAGACAGGCCGACAGAAAAAGAAGCCGACAGAAAGAGAAGCCGACAGAAAGACAGGCCGACAGAAAGACAGGCCGACAGAAAGACAGGCCGACAGAAAGACAGGCCGACAGAAAGACAGGCCGACAGAAAGACAGGUAGACAGAAAGACAGGCCGACAGAAAGACAGGCCGACAGAAAGACAGACAGAAAGACAGGCCGACAGAAAGAGAAGCCGACAGAAAGACAAGCCGACAGAAAGACAGGCCGACAGAAAGACAAGCCGACAGAAAGACAGGCCGACAGAAAGACAGGCCGACAGAAAGACAAGCCGACAGAAAGACAGGCCGACAGAAAGACAGGCCGACAGAAAGACAGGCCGACAGAAAGACAAGCCGACAGAAAGACAGGCCGACAGAAAGAGAAGCCGGCAGAAAGACAGGCCGACACAAAGACAGGCCGACACAGGCAGACAGAAAGACAAGCCGACAGAAAGACAGGCCGACAAAAAGACAGGCCGACAGAAAGACAGGCCGACAGAAAGACAAGCCGACAGAAAGACAAGCCGACAGAAAGACAGGCCGACAGAAAGACAGGCAGACAGAAAGACAGGCCGACAGAAAGACAGGCCGACAGAAAGACAGAAAGACAGGCCGACAGAAAAACAGGCCGACAGAAAAACAGGCCGACAGAAAGACAAUCCGACAGAAAGAUAGGCAGACAGAAAGACAGGCCGACAGAAAAACAGGCCGACAGAAAGACAAUCCGACAGAAAGACAGGCCGACAGAAAGACAAGCCGACGCAGACAGAUAG